UCAAGACAUCUGCUUGAACUUGACCUUUGAUUGCAGCAUUGACCUACCUUAUGUCGCACGUUAUAUAACUCUCGGAAACGAGUAGGUUUUUCCCCCACUGGACUUGGUCUUCGCCUUCUAACAACUGAUACCUCGAAAAGAAAAAUAACAAUAAUAAUCAGUAGCAUUACAAUGACCACUCUAUUGUAUUAUAUAUUCUGGUUUUAUUUUUGUGCGAUCACCUGGUUCUUCUGGAGUUCAAUGGUAUCUGCAUGUUUCAAAGUCCAGAUUAUUCAACAUCUAUAUCUGUACAUGUUGGAUAAAUUAUUCUGUUAUGCUGCCUCUGCUGUCACCGUGGAAGAUGAUCGUAGAGGUGUGAUAAAAAAGAAUGAUAGUGUCGAAAAUCUUGAUACUUACAAUGAUGAAUUGAUUGAAAGAGAUAUUGAGUUAACUGAAGGCGGUGUAAAAGUCAAAAGUUCUCUUGCCCCCGACAAUAAAGGCUUCAAAUUACACUAUCCUAUCUAUUUGGCAAAAUGUGGCAUAGAGGCUAUUAUAGAAGACUCUGUCACUAAGCGGUUCUCAGCUGCUGAACUAAGAGUUUGGAAUUUUUUAAGUCGAAAUCAGAGUUAUGUCUAUGUUAAAAAAGAUAACCAUACAACAUUAAUGUGUUUAUGGCUUAUUGGUGUGAUUGUUCGCUAUGCCAUAUUCUUGCCAUGCAGACUUUUUGUCUUUUUCUCGUCUCUUCUGUUCACAUGGUUUGUGGGUGCUUUAGCACGUAAACUACCUCCAUCUAGAUUGAAAAAAUGGUUGGCCACGGAAGGGAUUCAAGCUGCUGUGAGACUUAAUUUAUGCUCAUUCUCUGCAGUCAUUCGUUUUCAUAACAGAGAAAAUCGUCCUCGAGAAAACACAAUCUGUGUAGCCAAUCAUACGACGCCUUUCGAUUGGUGUGUUCUAUCAUCUGAUGUCACUUAUGCUGUGGUGGGUCAAAAACAUGAAGGAUUUUUUGGAUUUGCUGAAUGGAUUAUCUCUUGUGCUGUGCCUGCUAUCUGGUUUGACCGCGGUGAAGUUUUAGAUCGUAAUGCAACAGCUAAACGAUUAAAACAGCAUGCAACUACUCCAGAUGCUGAACCAAUAUUGAUUUUCCCUGAAGGUACUUGUAUCAAUAACACGUCGGUGAUGAAGUUUAAAAAAGGCUGUUUUGAAGUUGGCGCUGAAAUUCAUCCAGUUGCAAUUAAGUACAAUCCUUUAUUUGCUGACUGUUUUUGGAACAGCAGUCGUGAUGGGUUAUUCCAGUAUAGUUUGAAGACAAUGACAUCAUGGGCUAUUAUGGUCGAUGUUUGGUAUUUACCACCGACACGAAAAUCUGAUGAAGAAGAUUCCAUAGCAUUUGCUAGACGUGUACAGCAUAGUAUUGCCCAGUGUGGUGGAAUGAUUGGUAUGGAUUGGGAUGGUGAAUUGAAACGCAAUAAACCAAAAGAUACGCUUAAAUAUGCUCAACAGAAAUACGUUAGUCAGUAUUUCAUUCCUGUGGAUACCUGAACGUCGUCUACAUACAUACAAACCAAUCUAUCUAUCUAUCUAUCUGUGUGCAUAUAUACACAUACAUACACACAUACACACAUUCAUUCAUGCACAUUCACGCACACUUACGCACAAACACACAUAUAUACAUAUAUCAUUCACCAUUGGCUUCAUUAUCAUGUUCCCCUUGAAUAUGUAAUUCUGAUUUUAUAUACUUCAGAAAAGACAAACUUAAAGAAAACGAACAAACUAUUGAAAAAUGUAUCCAGUCAUUAUUAGUAUUUAUUUUCCAUUGUAGUUAUCUUCUCUGACUUGUUUAUUUAUUUAUUGAUUUAUUCUAUUCCUCCCCCUCUCUCUCUUUCCCUGUCUCCGUCUUUAUUUCCGAUCAAUACAUUCCUUCCCCAGUUAUGAAUAGUUGUCGAGCUCAUUUGAAGGAAGUAGUACUCCGCCUCGACUUCCCCCUCUUUCUCCUCUUCUUCUUCGUUGCUUGAUUUCUCUGCGUAGAAGUGUACAACAUCUCUGUGAGUGUGCGUGGAGAUCCCCUCCAAUCAUUCCAACCGCCGCUACAAGUUUGCUGUCAAUUCCCCCCUUCCUGUCUUUCUCUUUGUGUGAGUAGUUAGCAAUUGUAUUGGCGCUAUUUUUCUUCAUUCACUUUUGUUUUGUCACUAUUUAUUGUUCAAUGAUCAAUUGUCUCGUUUGUGAAAUGUGUAAUGCCUUUUUCGACCUUGAAUGAUUUUGACUUUUUUUUAUAAAAAAGGAAAAUCUUUUCUUAGUGAUUAUUCUUAUUCUUGAGAAGAAAUCAACUGGGUGUACAUAUAUAUAUAAAUAUAUUUUAACCUAUUACUGUAAAAUAUAAGCAAUGGAGGGUGUAUUGUAGUGGAAAAUGAAACAUUUAUUGUAAUUAUAAUUAUAAAUAAUACCAAUAAUAAUAAUUAUUAUUAUUAC